UCUCCAUUACCUCCCCCCUUAUGUCUUCUCUCCGUCAAUCUCGUAACAGAGAAGCGACGGAAAGAUGGAUGGCCGGCGCGCUCCUCCGUCUCCUAACGAUUCUCUUCAGCCUCUGUACAAUUAUGCCCGCCGCUCUUGCUGCGGAAGCCGGAAAUACGACGAAGGGCGAGGCCGUGAUCGACGGCUGCGCCGCCAUUGCCACCACCGACGAACACUUCAUCUGCGCCACCCUCGAUUGGGCUCCUUCGGAGACGUGCAGAAACGGAAGCUGCCCUUGGAUCAAUGCCUCCAUCCUCAAUCUCAAUCUUUCAAACCGUGUUCUUCUAAAUGUUGUGAAGGCAUUUUCUCCUUUAAAACUUCGUCUUGGAGGUUCUCUGGAGGAUAGAGUCAUGUAUGAAAGUAGUGAUCUUGGGUGCCCAUGUGUCCCCUUUGUCAUGAAUGACUCUGCAUUAUUUGGAUUCAAUGAAGGCUGCUUGCCAAUGUCAAGAUGGGAUCAACUUAAUGAAUUCUUCAAGAAAUCUAGGAGUUCAGUCAUCUUUGGCCUGAAUGCUCUGAAUGGAAGGGUUCCCAUGCAAGAUGGUUCCUUAGGAGGACCAUGGAAUUACACAAAUGCUGAAUCCCUAGUUCGUUAUACCACAAAUAAGGGUUAUAAUAUACUUGGUUGGGAACUUGGGAAUGAGCUAAGUGGGAAGGGAAUUCAAGCUCGUAUUGGUGUAGCUCAAUAUGCAGCAGAUAUGAUCUCUUUGAAGAAAGUUAUGGAUGGGCUCUAUAAGGAUGGUACAAUGAAGCCAUUACUAAUUGCUCCUGGUGGUAAUUUUGAAGCAGAAUGGUAUAGCAAGUUCAUUGAACUAACAAAACUUUCUUCCUCGCUGGAUGUAAUAACCCACCAUAUGUAUAUCCUAGGUCCAGGUACUGAUGAUAAUUUGGUUGAAAAGAUAUUGGACCCUUCACAUCUUGAUGGCCCUGCAUCAGUUUUCAAUAACCUUAGUAUCAUUUUAAGAAAUGCUGGCUCUUCUGUAAAUCCAUGGGUUGGUGAAGCUGGAGGAGCGUAUAAUGGUGGUCGUAAUCUUGUCACUAACUCAUUUGUUUCGAGCUUCUGGUAUUUGGAUCAGCUUGGGAUGUCAGCGACCUAUAAUACAAAGGUCUUUUGCAGGCAGAGUUUGAUAGGAGGAAACUAUGGUCUACUAAAUACCAGCAACUUCAAACCAAAUCCAGACUAUUAUAGCGCUCUUUUGUGGCAUCGCUUGAUGGGUCCAAAAGUGUUAUCCACCAAUUUCAUCGGAACAAAGAAGAUAAGGGCUUAUGCUCAUUGUGCAAGAGAUUAUAAAGGUAUAACACUUCUCUUACUCAACUUAGAUCUCGGAAAUACAACAUAUAUAAAAGUUAGCGUAAAUGGGGCCUCUCAUUCUGAAAAAACAAGGGAAGAGUACCACUUGAGUGCAAAAGAUGGGAACUUGCACAGCCAAACCGUGUUACUAAAUGGCAGAGUUUUGGAUGUGAAUUCCCAUGGAAAAAUACCAACUUUAAGACCAAUAGAAGUUGAUGGCUUGACGCCGAUUAAACUUGCUCCUAUUUCCAUUGUUUUUGUUCACUUGCCCUGCAUUCACGCACCAGCUUGUAUUUGA